UCAAGGUCGUGCGUGCUAGAAAUUUAAUCCUGUCAGAGGGUCCAUUUUAUUCUUAUUCAUUAUUCUUUGAACGGAAGUGAUACGACUGUCUCUUCGCUGUUUCUUUUUCCGUCUUUCGCGCACUUUUCAUAAGUGAUUUUCGCUCACCUGGCCUGGUGUAAAGAGAUUCUUUCUGACAUGGUCUCGUGGCUCCGUCAUCUUUUCUUUGCUAUCAUCAUAUCGCUGUCUGUGUCGUCUCGCCUCAUGAAGGUGGCGCGAGUCAUCGUGGUGGAGAGGGACUGGAUUGUGGAGAUCUCCAAGAAGGAUGAGGAUCACCUAGCAGUGAUGACGUCAACUUUUCGCCGAAUUGACCUGCUCACGAAAAUCUUGGCGCCAAUCGUCACCGGACAGAUAAUGACGUACGCGGGGCUCAAGAUCGGCGCUGGUUUCAUCGCUGUCUGGAGUCUGACGUCACUAGGGGCAGAGUUUUGGCUGAUACGUCGAGUGUACAGCUUUGUGCCGGCUCUGAGGAGCAAAAAGAUUGCCACCAGAUUCUCAGAAAAGAAUAACGACCAAAACAGAGAGGCAACUGAGAAACUGCAAGAUAAAGAGGUUGAAAAGGAGCCGGACAGGGAGUACAGGAGAGACGCAGAGCAUACUCAACCGCCACGCGCUGAUGACAACAAGUGUUCCCCCUGGCGCGUGCUGGACAGCUUCCUGGUCUUGUACCGUGGUUUCAGGACCUAUAUGAGCUACGAGGUCAAAUGGGCGGGGUUUGGCUUGGCCUGUUUAUACCUCACCGUACUGGGUUUUGACGGAAUCACCGUUGGCUAUGCCACAACGCAAGGGCUGAGUGGCUCUGUGUUGGGGAUAAUGGUAGGGGUCGGGGCCGUGUUUGGGAUUUUGGCGACCUUUGCUUAUCCCUACAUCGUCCGCUGUCUGGGACUGCCAAGGACAGGCGUUUUAGCCUUAGGCCUGCAGCCAGGCCCACUUUGUAAUCCAAACAUGGAUCUGAAACAGUCGCGGGCGAUGCAUUGA